AUGAAGAAGGACCACCUGAAUCUGAUGGCAGCUCUGUGUGAGAGCGUGUUGGCAGUCAACAUGUUACUGAGUGUCUUCUUUCUUCCAGGUUCUUUGGCUUAUUGUGGUGAUAAAAAACCAGGCCUCAGAAUCACUGCACCAAAGAAGAUUGAAGCUCUGAAUGGAUCUUGUCUGCAAAUCCCAUGUAGCUUUAAUACAGAGGACAAAACAUUUGAUAGCAGCAAAACUAUCUAUGGAAUCUGGAUAAAAAAUAACUUGAAUUUUGGCCACAGUCCAAACGUUAUUUUCAACAGCAGUGGGUCAGUAAACACCUUUUCACUGAAUAUUAUUGGAAACCUGAGAGAGAGAAACUGCACCACUCUGUUUCCUGAUUUAAACACAAGUUUUACAGAAAGAUACUUCUUCAGAGUUGAGAACGGGAACUACAGAGCAACAGCUUGUGCUGAUCCUGUCAACAUAACAGUUAAAGAUGCUCCUUGGAGUCCCAGCAUUAACAUCCCUGCUGAUCUGAAGGAGCAUCAGUCUGUCACUAUCAGCUGCUCAGCUUUGACUCCCUGUCCACACUCACCUCCUGAACUCACCUGGAAUCUCCAACAAGACUCUCACAGACAAACAGAGAAAAACACAGAGGGAACCUUUACAACUAAAAUCCAGGAGAACAUCACUCUGUCAGACACACAUGAUGGAUACAACAUCAGCUGUUCUGCCACAUAUCCUGUGAAUGGAGGAAGCAAGACAGCAGAGACAGAAGUGACUCUCAGUGUUUCAUGUAAGUGA